CUGGGCUGGGCUGGGCUGGGCGCGGCGCUCCGUCCCGCUGGGGCUCGGCUCCAUCCCGCACGGCGCAGGGGCCUCCGAUCCUGCGGGUCUCCAUCCCUGCUGGCUUCCAUCGCGCCCCGGGCUGAAGCCUCCCAGCCUGUGGAUCUCCAGCCCCACGGGCCUCUAUGCCCCGCUGGCCUGGAGUCUCUGAACCUGCAGCCUUCCAAACCUGCGUGCCUCCAUCCCGAGCUGGGCUGAGCCUCUGAGCCUGCGUGCCUCCAUCCCGAGCUGGGCUGAGCCUCUGAGCCUGCGUGCCUCCAUCCCGAGCUGGGCUGAGCCUCUGAGCCUGCGUGCCUCCAUCCCGAGCUGGGCUGAGCCUGCGUGCCUCCAUCCCGAGCUGGGCUGAGCCUGCGUGCCUCCAUCCCGAGCUGGGCUGAGCCUGCGUGCCUCCAUCCCGAGCUGGGCUGAGCCUGCGUGCCUCCAUCCCGAGCUGGGCUGAGCCUGCGUGCCUCCAUCCCGAGCUGGGCUGAGCCUGCGUGCCUCCAUCCCGAGCUGGGCUGAGCCUGCGUGCCUCCAUCCCGAGCUGGGCUGAGCCUCUGAGCCUGCGUGCCUCCAUCCCGAGCUGGGCUGAGCCUCUGAGCCUGCGUGCCUCCAUCCUGGUGUGCCUCCAUCCUACACUGGCUGAGCCCCUGAACCCUUGAGCCUUCCUCCUUGUGGGUCUCCAUCCCAUGCUGGGCUGAGGCUUCCGAACCUGCGGGUCUCCAUCCUUGUGAGCCUCCAUCCUACACUGGACUGAGGCCUCCGAACCUACAGGCUUCUGUCCCCGUGCACCCCCAUCCCUGUGCGGGGCUGUGCAGGAGGCAAGCAGGUGGCUGGCCGGAGGCUCCUGGCUCCCAGGCUCUCCAGUUCAAGCUGCUGUCCCUGAGCUGUACUUGUCCCUGGGAGGGCAGCUGGAGUGAUGGAGAGGCAGGAGUACAGCCUGUGCUCUGCCCCUAGUCUGCGAUGUGGGAAGGAAACAGACCUAGUGCCUGUGUGCGAAACCUGUGAGACCUGCGUCUUGGCCUGGAGGAUCUUUUCCACCAAGGAGUGGUUCCUGCGAGCUGGCGCGCUCACCCAGAGGAAGUUCCUGCUGGGCAUCAUCAAGCGUUUUGACAGUUUCAGUUUACUCAGCUACAUCGAGAGACUUCUGAGAGUGACCCAGGAGAAGGAUUUCACGUACGUGCGCUCCCAAAUCGGCUGCAGCCUCAGAGAUCGGAACAUCUCCAGUUUCGAUGGUGCUUUGGAUCCACGAAGGCUAGAGCAGGAGAUGCAGGACACGUGGUGUUGGUUUGCAAAAAGCAGCUAUUGGACUAAAGCAAACUACACUCUGCUCUUACUGAAACUCUGCGAUGCCAAGUUACUGUUUGCGGCAGCUGACCUGGUGCGAGAGCAAAGUAUCCUUGCGAGAACAGAUAAAGAAGACACAGAUGAAUCAUCUCCUAAACCUCUAAACACUGUCAAAGAUGACAGUCAUCCUCAACCCAGCUGCCGGAUUCAUUUUGCUGUACAAUCUUUUAGCACUUCAUCUGCAGCCCUGGCAAGUAGAGUCUCGUCUGCAAAAAUCAGCCAGUUUGGUAAUACAGGUGGUCAACUAUCAACAGUGUUUGUCUGUCCCCAAAACAGUGAGUAUGUCUUCCAGAAGUGUCCUGGUACGGUAGAUAAGUCAUCCGUUGUGUCCUUAGUUGCUCCAGGUGUCACUGUGGUUCCGGCAUCUCUCCAGUCAGUCUCUCAUGUCAACAAGUACAAGGACUUCAUUCGCUGCCUGCCAACUCACCUGUCCACGUACAUCCUGGGGCUUUUGGAUCGAAAAUCCCUCAACACAUGUGUGGCUGUGAGUAAAUGUUGGGCUUUCCUGGCCAAGGAAGUGAAGAGGGAACAUGUGUCACAAAAAAUAAUACGGGAGGAGAUCCUCUGUUUGCAGGGAUCAUGCCCUAGGGGAGUGGUUUCCAACUACGCUAAAAUAGUCAAUGUGACAAUUCCACGGUUAAACAAAGAGGGAGAUGUCAUCCAAGUGAAAGACCACAAAUGGAGUAGUAAAAUGAAGGAGGAGGAAGAUAGUCUGCAGUUAGCUUAUCAUGGUCUGCAAACUGACACCAUCCAGCUGGAAGAGAGAAAUGUCUUCUGUGGCUCCUACAACAUUCGUGUCCUCAUGGACCAAUCAGACCCAAACAGAGUAAUCCACUACAGCGGUGGAAACUUGGUAGCUGUUGGCUCUGCAGACCGAAAAGUGAGGUUUAUUGGUGUGCUGGAAAUGAAAGAAGUGCCUCCUCUGCUCUCUGGCCAUGCCGGGAGCAUCAGAGCGCUGUACCUCAAUGAGAAGGAAGGAUUCGUUCUCAGUGCAAGCUUUGAUCUCAGCAUCAGAUGCUGGGAUAUAAACAGUGGUGCUUGUACGAAAAUCUUUAAUGGUCACUCGGGGACCAUCACUUGCCUGGAUUUACACAAAGAUAAGUUUGUGUCAGGAGCCAAAGAUGGGAUGGUGAAAGUAUGGGAUUUGGAAAGCAGGAAAUGCCUCAAGACGCUGAAACACAACAAUACUAUUUGGGUAGUUAAAAUGGAUGCGACCCACAUUGUCAGUGGUUGUGACAAGGGACUUGUGAAAGUCUGGUAUGCUGACACCGGAGCUCUGAUCAAAGUAUUAGAAGGGCACCAAGGUCCAGUUAAGUGCUUGUCUUUUGAUCAGUGGCACUUAGUUACGGGAAGCACUGAUGGAUACGCCCUGGCAUGGAGCAUGUUGGGAAACCAUAAGAGAUGCCUAACAGCUUUCCGCCACCCAAAAGGAGUUCUGUUUCUGGAGUUUCUCUAUCUCAGAGUCAUCAGUGGCUGUGCUGAUGGAAAGAUUCGUAUAUUUAACUACCUGAGUGGAAGCUGCCUGAAAGUGAUGAGGGCGAACAGCAGAGGGGAUCCCAUAUCCUCUUUCUGUGUUGCAGAAAAUAGGAUGGUGAUCAAUGCACUGAGCUGUCUGCUGAUGUUCCAGUUUGAAGAUGUCAAGUGGAACUGUAUGUUAAAGACCGACCGAGACAUGACAGGAAAGAAAAAGGAACACCACGAAGGGCCUUCAAGCAAAACACCGGUUCACUUUCAGCAAAUGAAACGUGACAAAGUCAGGCAGAAGACAUAUCAGCUUCCUCUGGAGAUGAAGGACGCUGACCAGCUAAUGUUGUCUUACUUGAUCUGCUGCCGGUCACCAAAAGGCUGUGCAAUGUCUCAAACUCUCUGCUACGAACUGAUGAAAUCAGCAGCUCAAAAGCACAAGAAUUUGCUCAAAAGCACAAAAUCUUUUAGCACUCAGGCACAGCAGCAGAAAAACCUUUUCAUUCCUGGUAAACAACAGGCCCAUAUGACUGACUCAGAAAAGUCAACAAGAGCAUAUUCUGCAAGAACAGUGGCAGAUACUGAUGGUGAAUCUGAAUAUGGCUCUUCCUUCUAUGUACCUGAACAUGCUAACAAGACAGAAGCCACUUUACAGUAUAAAAAGAAAAGGGACCCAAGCUGUCCAAUGCCCCCUAACCAGAUACUUUUAACUGUCAGUACACUGCAGAACAGCUACAAGUCAGCCCCAGUCAGCUCUAAUAUUAAGCAUACUCCAACAGUCACAGAAGCAUUGGAACCGCCACUGCAUCAGCAAGAACACCCUGAAAAAAUGCAAAUAUACAAAACUCCUAUGCAGCACGAAAAGGAUCAGACAGUCCAGCUCCAACACAUGAGAUCUAACAGUGAUUCUCUGACCAUGAAAAGAAUUUCAACACCCUUUGAAACCAAAAGGCUGCAGCUCAAGCUAAUAAACUCUUUGCAUGGACCCACUGUGAAGUCCUCCAUUCCUGCUCCCUCCAUCAUACGUCCCAAGUCACAUUGUGGUAUGCUGGAAGAAAAGAAAGCUCGCAGUGGCUAUGGGAAAGUCAUUCCCCUACCUGCAGCUGGGGUCCAGCUUAUAGGCCACUUUACCACUUCCUCUGAACCAAUCAAAUCAACACCCAUGAUUGUACAACUGAAAACUGAAACUGUUUCCAGGAAAAAAAAGCCCUUUCUUCAAUAUGCUGCAGACCCUUAUCGGAUUAACAGUGGCUUCAGGCUUCUGACAAGAAAACAGAAGGUGGCGUAUCAGGAAGCUACAACAGUUCAGUAUCAGGCAAACCAGACCAAACUCAUAGAAGAUCAACAAAAAGAGCGCAAGAAGGCCUGGUUAAGGAAAAUUAAAGGCCUUCCUAUAGAUUCUUUUACCAAGGAGGGGAAAAUAGCUGCUCCUGAACUUGGCCUUAAUACAUUUAUCUGAGGUAAUCUGUUAGUCCAAUAAACCACCAGUAUCUGAGGAUUCUGGGGCUCCUCAAAUAUAUUGGGUCUCUUAUGGUGUCCAACUGAGACUGUCAUCUCAUGAUCCCUCCAGUUUAUAAAUAAGUAUAAAAGAAAUCUCUCUUAUUUUUUCUAAGAUGUAUUAUUGGUAUAUUUAAAUAUUUCUCAAGGCAGCCCAUGGGGUGACUCCUCUCCUGGGAUUUGAUAUUUUGCUGGACCUAUUGUUACUAUAGACACAGCAUUGCUGUUUAAAGGCAAGUAUUACUGAAGAAAUGGUUUAACUGUAUUUGAAUAAAAA